AUGAACGGGCCAAACUACGACCCGACGGGCAUCGAGUUCUACUCCAUCGACGACCUCUCCUUCUCGUGCGGCACCACCUUGCACGAUGUCCGGGUGGCAUAUCGCAGCUUCAACCCCUCUUCUACGGCGGGCAUCGUCCUGAUCCCGACAUGCUACUCGGGACUCAUCAACACGACAUUCACAUUCACCACCGCCCCCUUUGACGCACUGGCGAAAUACCACGUCGUGGUGGUGGCCAUGCUGGGCAACGGCGAGAGCGCGAGUCCGUCCAACAAGCCCUUCUUCCCGGAGCCGGGCGAGUUGCGGUACGAGGACGUGGUCCGGGCGCAGCACGCCCUGGUCACGGAGCACCUGAAGGCGUCGACGCUGGAGGCCGUGGUGGGGUUCUCGAUGGGCGGGCAGCAGGCGUACCACUGGGCGGUCAUGUACCCGGCGAUGGUCAAGCGGAUCGUGGUGAUCUGCUCGGCGGCGCGGACGUCGCUGCACAAUUACGCGUUCCUGGAGGGGCCCAUCGCAGCGCUGACCAGCUCCAUCGACUACAUCGCGUGGAAGGCGAUGAAGGAGAAAAUCGCGCGUGGGGAGCACGUCGGCAUCAACCUCAAGGAGGUCGUGCCCAAGAAGGGCCUGCGCGCCUUCGCCCGCGCCUACGGUGCCUGGCUGACCAGCACGGCCUGGUUCCGGCAGCGCCUCUUCACCCGCAUGGACGGCCACCCGACCAGCGUCGAGCAGUGGAUGCGCAUGCGUGAGGACGGUUACCUGGGCUGGGACGCCGAGGACCUGCUCGUCAAGGCGCGGAUGUGGCAGAUGGGCGACGUCGGGACUGUGAUGCCCACGCCCGACGGAGGAGAGAAGAAGGUGCUCAGCGAACUCGGCGGCGCCAUCCCGGACGACGACCUUUACAGCAAGGCCCUGGCCAGCAUCCGGGCCCAGGUGCUCCUCAUGCCGUGCCGGACCGACCAGUACUUCCCGCCCGAGGACGCGGAGAUCGAGAUGACGCACCUCCAGCACGGCCGGCUGGCCGUCAUCGAGAGUGUCUGGGGUCACGUCUCGGGGGGUGGGUUGAACCCGGAGGACAGCAAGUUUUUGAAUGCGCAGAUUGCCGAAUUGAUGAAGGGGGGAGGAGGAGACUGA